GCAAGAGGCUUUGGGUCAUCAACGUGAAGGCCGUGACCUCCCGCGAAAAAGGCAACUGAUAGGCACGGGCUUGCUGCCGAGCCAAUACAACAGGAUGACCAAUACCAACAAGUUUGGAGGCUACACCGCUGCAUAUUGGUGGAAAAUGGCCCACUGUUGGCAGAACCAGUUUGGGUACUAUGGAUUUCCGGAAGUGGAGGAGCAGAAGUGCCGGGCACUUCUCUCACAGUCUUCGCCACCAGUGCUUCUUCUGGACGCAUGUUGCUUUGACAAUCCUAGUCGCGAAUAG